ACAUGUUUUUAUUGCAGCUUUUACGUGUGACUCAAAUAAACAUUAUUAUUAACCUAAAAGUUUUUGGAAUUAAAAACAUUUGAAUAAGAAAAGCAAUGAAAUACAGAAAAAACUUAUUCAAUGCGAUGAUCAUGGAAGCUGACCAAUUGAUAAAGGUUAUGGAUAAUGUGAAAGUCUUGAAGAGUCUGGAACUUUGCAAACUUCCCCAAGUCUUAAAGGGCAAAAAGGUGACAAUAAUCAGUGAGAAUGAUGCUAAAAACUGUGUGCCCCAAGUUGCUCUGUGGUCCGUGACACAGAGUUUGGGUGGAGAAAUAAUGCCUAUCACGUUUGACUGGCAUAACUUGACGUCUAAAAAGGACUUUGGCAAAAUGAUAUCUCGUUGCUACGACCUUGUGCUCGUGGAAACAAAGCAUUGCAGAGACAUAAUAACGUUCAGUGAAGGCUGUGAGAUCCCAGUGGUGUACUGCGGUUGCGGGAUGUACCAACCGCUAGAGGGACUCGCGAACAUUCUCACCAUUGGCGAGCAUUUUGGCAGACUGAGCCACUUGAAGUUCGGAUGGGUGGGGCCUGGCUGCUCGGCCCUCAACACUUACAUGAUGAUGCUACCCAGAUUCGGCAUUCCCAUCAGUUACAACUGUACCUCGAAUCCGAAUUUCCCUGUCCAACCGAUUUGCUAUGAUAAAAGCUACACUCUAUCCAGGAUGCAUUCUACCAACUUGAAUAACUGUAAAACUGCCAAAGAAGCCAUAAAAAAUUCCGAUAUAAUCGCUACUACUGUUCACAAUAUUCAAUGUCAACAAAUUACUACAGAGGUAAGAUCUGUGAACUAGGAAGUAAGUAUAAUAACCAGCAGAUAGUUGAAGUGAAUCACAGCAAAAACUGAAAAUGA